AAGCAGAAAAAUAAAGACCCCCUUUGGUGGGAAGGGAUCAGCGUUCCGUGCGCCUUUGGCGUUGAGUCAUGCCGGCCACAUGACCAUGGAGACGUCUUCGUACAGCGCUGGCUCUUCGGCUUUGAAACGGAGAUGAGCACCGCCCCCUAGAGUCGGGAACGACUAGCACAUAUAGGCCAGGGGAACCUUUAUCUUAUUCCACACAAAAUAUUAGGGAGCAAGGGUUGGUUUCAAAUUUACUAGAAAUUGUCCUUUGUUGUAUUCAUUUCCCCCAGAGUAGACUCUUUACACAAAGAUUGUAUCUGUGCAAACUCUUUCUGGCUUAUAGAUGGACAUCUUUGUUUGGAAUUGCCACCUUCUCCUCCAUUACAGAUGAUUCAGAGAAACCUGUUAGCAGAAUCCCCUUGACAUACCUGUUGUUGGCACUCAUAGGUGACACAGCAGGUAGCUGAGGAGGCCUGACUAAGAAGGGAGAGCACAGGAGUUCUCAGCAUUCCUCCUCAUGCUAGCUUUCUUCUCCAUCUUUGGUGACAUUCUUCCUCAUUCUUCCUCAUGCUAGCUUUCUUCUCCAUCUUUGAUGACCAAACUCUUCUUCCCCUCCGAUUUAUCCCUGAUUGUUCAUUGUUCUUAAGAUAUGAACUCCAUGAGAACGUAUCUAUGGGCCCAUCAAUCCAUCACACAGAGACCAUCAGCCUCAUCUUGGGAAGUUCAACCUCUCUGGUGUCUUCUCAUAGUUGUUCUUCCUUGGUUAUUUAAACUUCUAGAAGUUCCAAAUAGGAGAGUCUCUUGUUCCAAACUUCACCUUCUUCAGCCCCAUCUCAGCACGGUCACCUGAUAGAGAAAGUAGAGCUAUUUUAUGAAUGGGCUGUAAGGCUAUAACCACUGUUUGAUGCAUCUCUAAAUCUAUCAGGUUUCUCGAGCCAUGAGUGAGAUUUUGACUUGGAUUCUUUCUCAUGACCCCUUAGAUAGAAAAGUCCUUCAGACAGAUCCCAACCAAAAUUGACAUUCAAUCACAGAGUCUUCUCUCUCUCUCUCUCUCUUUCUUUUUUGUCUUUCUGAACUUUAUUGGCCAUAUUAAGCGCUAAAAACUUAGAAGCUUAUAAGAUAUUUGCCAAAAUACAAAUGUUGGAACUUGAGAAAGGAGAAAAACGAAGGGGGAGGUAUGUUGGAACCCCUAAGAAUACCGCGUUUCCCCAAAAACAAGACCCUGUCUUCUAUUUUUUUUGAACCCCGAAAUAAGCGCUUGGCCUUAUUUUCGGGGAGGUGUUAUUAUUUUGGGGCGCGUGGAGCAAGACGGGGCUCCUCUUGCCGUGUUACCUGAUUUCCAGCUCUGUCUCCCUAAUCCCAACCAGAGGAAAUGGCAGCGACCGGCUGUGCAUGCAUUUAAAUAUUUUUGGGGAGCGCUUACUUUAGCGCACGCGCUCAAAAGCCCGAUUGGGCUUAUUAUCAGCGAAUGUCUUAUUUUCAGAGAAACACGGUAAAAGCAAACUCAAAUGAAGUUGUCCAGAAAUUGGAUGGAUGGAGGGAGGAAUGGAUGGAUGGAUGGAAUUAUUUUAACAGAAGAACUUUAAAUCUCUUGUUUGAAGAACUGGGUCCAGGAACAGCUUUCUUAGAAGAUCCAUGCCAACUUCUCUAGCAUACAACAGAACACGCCUCUUCUUGAGGCCAUUUCGGAAGAGGCAUUCUCCCAUCUAAGAUUGGGAACAUUGCCAGAUCCGACAAAUUUCUCUCCUCUCAAAGAGACCCCGCCCCCCCCCCCUUUAACUUCCUCCGUAGCACUAGGCAUUUAUAUCUGCAAGUGUCUUCAACACUCUCCUUGGUUCAACAAUUCAGAAUAUAUUGCCCAAUUUGGGAGGAAGGAAACGGUGCUUCCAUUCCAGUUAUGAGCAACAUUGGGAAAAAUUAUUUAUUUGACUGUAGCACGCUCCGCAAAGAAACUUGAAUUUGGAAAGACCUGUUGCUCAUCUCAUCCCCGAGAGGACUGAUUUCCUCAUUCUGAGAUCACUCAUCCUGCCAUACACUGAAUUUUUCUUCCUAACCAGUUUAGUUUUCUGCUGAUCUCUUAUCUCUGAGCAAAUCUGGAGCUUCUUCAGCUUCUUGAAACUGGAUCGGCAAAGUGAUUCAUCCGCCCAGCAGAAUGUCUGGCUCAGGCGUGAAGUGCGUCACCAACCCUUGUGUCACCUCCUGCCCAGAUGCCAAAGUGGUGAUCCAUCCACCCCCACUGGUCCUGACCUUACCUGGAUUGAGCCUCAAGACCUCUCCGAAUCAGUGCCUUGUGGAAAGCCAGACUUCAUGCCUCACUAACGGCUGCGAGGUGAGCUGUGGGGCGGCCUCCAAGGCCAUCGUCACCAAAACCUCAGGCUUGGUUGCUCUUUCUGGUGGAGAUACUCCUUGUUGUACGACCACCUGUCCUGAUUCACAAGUGGUGAUUCAGCCUCCCCCGGUCUGCAUCACCAUCCCGGGUGCAGUCCUCACCAGCUACCCCAGCGAGUGCAUCAUCUCAAGCUCAACCAACCGUAUCACCAGCGGAGUCCAACGCCCUGCGUUGUCCCGUUCAACAUCGGUCUCCGAUUGUUCCCUCACUCCACAGCGUCUAACUCGCUCCGCGUCCGUCCCAUCAGGACUCGACAGCUCAGCCCGAUGCCUGACACAAGGGCCUUCAAACAAAGUGGUGAUAUACCCUCCGCCAAUCGAGGUCACCAUUCCUGGUCCUGUCCUGGAGAUAGCUGCCGAAGAGUGUACUGUGGAAGUCUACAACUCCUGCACUGAUAACAACGCCCUCACCGACAGUGACCGAAAGGCCAUCACCAGCGGUGAUGAGGAUGAAAUCAAAGCUCUAAUUCCACGAGCCAAGAGUUGUACCACAGUAUGUGGGCUGAUGGACACUUCAAACUGCAUUUCCCAGGGACCGGAGAUGAAAAUUAUUAUCCAGCCUCCUCCUAUUGAAGUAGAGCUUCCAGGACCUAUCCUGGAAGUUUCUCCAGAAGCGUGUAAGGUAGAAACUGUGAGUCCAUGUCCUCCAGGACCUGAAGCCAUCACUGGUAGUGAGACCAAGGCCCUGUGUGAUGGCAAGACACCCUCAAGUGCCCUUGCAGCUACUACCAGUACGAAACGCCCCGUCCCGGACGUCCGACGUCCUCCUCGACCCUGGGCUGAGAUGUACAGCCGGUCAAUGACACCCAGAAGCGUUUUAUUAGCGCAACAAUCCCGACUGGCAAAAUACCGCAAUGCCUUAUACUCCAGGCAUUCCCAAUCAUCUUAUUAAAUUUUCAGUGGACGUGAAAUUGUAAAGACAGCUGGUAUUUUUAUAAAUAUUUGUAUAUAUAAAAAGUGAUGGUGCUGUGUCAUGUGCCCACCAUCCACCAUACCUAUGGAUCAGACGGGACACGUAUCGAAGCUGCUCUUCCAGUGGUUUAGACUGUCGUAGACUGUUUUUCUUCUGUUUUUGGGUCCCUUAUUAAAGCCCAGGCGAUCAAGAUUUUUGACUCCAUAGAUUCCAAAGUAACAUUGAUUGUCCUUUUAGUAACUGGUGGUUCCAUUGGGAACAUGGUGUACCAGGAAAGCCAUGGAGAAGUGACUUAAAAUGACUUCUGACUCACUGCCAUUUUGUUUGUAAUAUCAUAACUUCUCUCAGAAGUUUUCCUAGCGUGAUGACAGAUAGAAAACUUCCAGAUUAAUGGUCAAUGAGGAAUGCUGGCUAUGGUAGUUUGGCAGCUUUUGGUGGCCACUUAUCUCUGGAUCAAUGGAUUGUUCCAGGAUCCUGUUCCUACCGUUUGCCGAGAUGUUUUCUAGCCCACGAAUUUGUCCAAAUAAAAGCCAUCUGCACAUCUUGCCUCAAAGAUAGCACUUGGUAGCACUUCAAAAUAACUUCUGUAUAAGCCCGAGGCCUGAGGCAAUCUAAUAUGUUGAAACCGGGGUGAAAUGCUACCAGCUUGGGCCGGUUUGCCCGAACCGGUAGUAAAAAAAAUAUUUUGAUGAUCAGCUGAGUGAUGUGCGAUCGUCAGAACUUUUUUUUUUUUUUUACUUUUUAAGCAUUUUUUUACAACUGGCUCGGGCGAAUAGGUAGUUAAAAAAUGCUUAAAAAUUUUUUUUUUAAAAGGUUCCCAAGAUCGCACGCCAGCUGAUUCCUCCCUCGCUGUUCUACUUACCUUCUGAAACCUCCUUUUGGUGUGUAUUGUGCAUGCGCACGUAGCGCACACUUGCUGUGAACUGUGCAUUUGUGCACGCAACACAUGCUUGGCGCACAGCACGCAUGCGUAACCAACAAACCAGUAGCAAACCGGUUCAGAUUUCACCACUGUGUUGAAUCCGUGCAGAAUCUCCUAUGGGCAGGAAUGCUUGAUUCUUGCAUCACUACCACAGCUCGGGGGUUACUCUCAUGUGAUCCCACCAUGAUGUCUUCUUCCAUGUCGGUGGGAGUGAGAUCUAUCAUACAUUCACAAUUAUUUUCAGGGAAUAAAAAUGGUGGUAGAAGGGGACCGUGUAGAAUGUUUGAUGGAGAAGUUUUCAUUAGCAGAGCUAGGACAGCUUCUCACUCUCCGUGUUUUGAUGAUGUCCUCAAAAACUUCUCCAGAGGAUGUUAUCAGGUUGUGAGGGCCAGUGUAGAGUCCCUCUCUCUCUCUCUCUCUCUCUUUCUAUCUAUCUAUCUAUCUAUCUAUCUAUCUAUCUAUCUAUCUAUCUAUCUAUCUAUAGGUUUUCGCGGCUUUUGUAUGUAGGUUUUUGGUUAUUGGGGUUUUCUCCCACGUAAAAUUGGAAGUGUCUUGGCAACGUUUCAACAAAGUCUCAUUCGUCAUCUUCAGGCUGGUGUUUACAGCUUUGUGCUUCUAGGAGCAAAACCAAAUACCUACAUAUAUGUAUGUAUGUAUGUGUGUGUGUGUGUGUGUGUGUGUGUGUGUGUGUGUGUGUGUGUGUAUAAACAAUGAGGUGGGUCUAUAUUGAGGACUUCUUACUGAUGAGAAAAUAUUGCAAGCAUCAAGUCCUAGAAGACCUCUGAAUUCAUUGUGUCUGGAGAACCUCACAAUCUUCAGAAGAAGUGGCGAUAAUCAAUUUGCCAUGACAUCUGUGGCUAAUUGAGAACUGAAAAUUUGAUACUUGGAGGAUCCGAAAGUUGGUUCUUCAAAUCCAUUGCUACUAUCCCAUUGUCCCAACGUAGCUUCUGAGUAAACUCAUGGUACUAAGGAUCCUCCCAUUCAGCUCCAUAGAAGACUUACUCCAAGGUAAACAAACCUGGAUAAGAUUACACCAAACAGGGUUAGCAUUUUUUUGAGAAGGAUGUGUUAAGUUGGAGGAAAUGAAUUAAUCUCCUAAAUGACCCUCAGUUUGUAAAAAAAAUAAAAAAAAAUAGGGGCUGUAACUAAUAUUUGUAGUCUUUGAAAUAAAGCUGGCAUGUUUAUUUUAUGCAAAAUGUUUUUUAAAACAAUUCUCAUUCUCAACAUGCCAAAUCUUCCAGUAAUAAACUGAAUUAAAACUUCUAAAAA